UAUUUUGACGUUUGAGUUUUGACGUGGAUAUUUUAAAUCGUAUUGCAUUACCACUUACAAUUUUAAUUAUUUAUCGACUAUCAAGUUAAAGUAAAACAAUACUAAAGAAUAUAUUUGCUCAAUAUACAGUACAUAAACUAAUUUGAAUAUUCUUUCAACUUUGCUUCACAAUCAGCUAAGUAGGUACCUACUUCAAAAUGAUUACAGACAUACAAUUGGCCGUGUUCUCAAAUGUACUAGGUGUUUCAAUAUUCCUAUUGGUUAUACUAUAUCACUACAUAAAUGCCAAUAGUUCGAAAUAAAGGUAUUACCAGCAACAUGUAUUCAUCAUUCACAUUUUAAUACUUACAUGUUUGUAUUUCAUAACAUAAUUAAAUAAUAAUAUUAUGUAAAUAAAACUUUCUAAAAAAACAUAG